AUGCGAAAUCCAUUUAAAGCACCACAAACAAGCACAAAGUGGGAGCAACGAAUUCGAAUUUUGACAUUACUCCUGCUAUUCGGGUUCCUCAUCUAUUUAUAUUACUUGAAUAUUCACAAAUUUACUACGGCAAAUAAACGUCCGUUUAUCGAAUCGAGUGAACGAGUACAGAACGCCUUUCAUAUUCCUGGUCUUGUCGUUUGCGGACCGAAUAUUAAUGCUAGACCAAAAUGUGCGUAUGGAUUGUGGGGUGAUGAAACGAAGCAAGAAUGUGAUGUAAGGUGGUGGAAGAAGGCUCCGUUGACUUUGUUUCAGAAUGUUUACCCUGAUGCUGUCGGUGAAGAGUGGUAUUCGAACGCAAAAGAUUGUUUUGUUUUCGUUCCUCCAGACUCUUUUCAAUUUCGACCAAAAAAAUUCGAAGAAUUGACUGUUCAAAUAUACUCGAAUGAAACGACCACAAAAGCCUCACAUUUGAAUCGAUGGGUUUAUUUUGGCAUCUACUGGUCAUGGCUUGGCGAGGACGCGAGAUUGGCACGUGUAGAGUACCUUAAUUUACCUGCGAAAAUGUCUGUUACCUUAUCGAGAAAAGAGUUUUUUCAAAGAAAUGGUGUAAUUCAAAUAGUCUAUGAUGCGACGACGAUAAAAAGACAUGCACAAAGUUUCAAAAACGAAACAAAUAAAUGGGGCGAGAUCAAUUUGAGACCAGCAUUCCACCCAAAUAAAAAUGGAUACGUGAUAUCAGUCUAUCGCGAGAAACCAAGUUUCGAUUUCUUAGACCUUUUACCAGCUCUAAGCAGCUCUUUUGUUGUGGUUGUUGCAAUCUAUCAAUUCUUUUUUGGCAAAAAUCGGCUUGAUCCUUACGGUGUAAUGCAAAAAUACGUAUUUCAUACUGCAGAAGCUGGGCACCCCUUACAUCUAGGAAGUGAAGAAGGCGGGAUAAUGCUUGGUCGGAUAAUUGAAUCUACACAGAAUAUUACACCGCCCAGAACUAUAGCAUCAAAUGACCGAACCGGUUUUCGCAGAAUACGCGACGACGAAGUACAUAGCAGAAGAAAUCCAAAUCAACAGCCUUCAUCCGGAGACAAUGAUGCACGAAAUCCGAAUAAUAAUCCUUUUGUAACCGUAUUUGAUGAAGCUGUUGACGAAGAAAAUUCUUCUGCACCGCCUUCCGAUGCACAGCAAACAGAUGUUUCAGAGCGUAUCACUGAUUCUCAGAUAGAGAUUGCGUCGAUAAGGCAAGAGAUGCAUAGUUGGGAGCGAUUAUUGCGUCGGUUCUUGGUGUUAUGA